CCCUUCUGAAACCAGUAGUCAGACGAAGUCUGCGUCGCGAACUUGUGGCAACACUCGGUCCUAGGUUUCGUGAUUUGUAUCAAAAUGAGCUGGCAGGAUUACGUUGACAAGCAGUUGUUAGCUUCGCGGUGUGUUACAAAAGCCGCUAUUGCCGGCCACGAUGGAAACGUGUGGGCAAGAUCAGAAGGAUUCGACGUUUCAAAGGAGGAGCUUGCAAAGCUGGUCCAAGGCUUUGACAAGCAGGACCUUCUGACAUCAUCAGGUGUGACACUCGCUGGAAACCGUUACAUCUACCUUUCUGGCACCGACAGAGUCAUACGGGCGAAGCUUGCCAAGGUUGGCGUUCACUGCAUGAAGACACACCAAGCUGUUGUCGUCUCCCUAUAUGAAGAUCCAAUUCAGCCCCAGCAGGCAGCAUCUGUAGUGGAAAAGCUAGGAGACUACUUAGUGUCUUGUGGACUGUAGAGGACUUUUUUAAAAACAAAAAAACAAAGGCUGUUCUCCUGCGGUGGCAUGAGCAGGACUUGGGAGGGAAUGAGGAAGAUAACUGGCCAGUUCAGUUUGGACCUUCUUGUAUAGGUUCCAUGUCAACUUAAGGAUACAAUGCAUUUUUAAUACUUUCAGUACAUAUUUUCCUCUUUGUUAAAGAUUUUUUUUGUGUCAUUUUGAAUUAAGGGUGAGUGGACAUUUGAGUAAUUGUGUAUGGUUGACUACCUUCAAGUUGCUUUGGUGUAGUGCAAUCCAUCCCCACCCCAAUCUGUAUUAAUUCAACCAAGCCAUUAAUUGAUUUGGUGUGAGAGUUGUAAUACCUACCCUCUGCAUUUGAUGUAAAGGCCUUCCUAAUUUUGAAUAAUUUCAAACUCUAGUCCUGCUCUUUCCUUCACCCCUCAUAUUUAAAACAAUCUAAAAUGAAAUCGCUGUUUAUUGAAGGGGUUUCUAUGUCAAAGGAAUCAAAAUUGUGCUUGAUUUGUGUAUUGGAUUAGUUGUAAAAAAGAUCGUUUUUUACAGUUUUCAUUGUGAUUAGCCUUGGCCUCAGUUGGUACAAGAACAGUUUGCUGUGUGUGGCUCUUCCCAGCUAGCUUUAACAUUAUAUGUGAAACAAUCGCUCAUAUGUUAGUGCUAUGUCAUUACCCUGUAUAGGAAAUGAAUCCAGACCCAUUUUUCCAUUAUGAUUGCUACGAUUGAUAUUGAUAUAGCGAAAACUUUUGAAAGACAUAUUUUUUUUAUUUUUCUUUUUGUUUUGGGGGCAGGGGGGGAUUAAAUGAAAUAGAUCUGUAUAAAGUUAAGAUUGUGUGGCUGUUUACUUUGAACAGCGAGCAUGAUGUAAGGGAAGGGGUUGACAAAUGGUUUUUUCCGCAGUGUACUGGCAUUCUUCAUUCAGUGCACACUUGUUUGUGCCAGUAAACGCUCUUGCCCUGCAACUGGGUUUAUACAUUUUGUACUACUUUUAAUGACUGCCGAACAUGAGAUGAAGUAUUUCUUAAAAUUGUAAUUAUUCCCAUCGGGCUCUGAAUAAUAAAAAGAGAAAACAAUUUUAAA